AUUAUUUAAUUGGAUAUUAAGAUAUGAUUUAAGGGAGAUAAGGGCUUGAAGAGGUUCUCUUUCUCUUCUCUUUUACAUUUUGCUCUCAAAUUUUACAGAGAGAUUUCUCAAAGGACCAAACAAACACUAGAGAGAGAAAAAAGUGAUUCUUUUUAUAGACAUGUUGGAGGGUCGUUGCUGUGUUGUUUCGAGGUUGUUUUGUAGCACUUGUGAAACAGAGAACGAUUGGUCUUACAUGAAGUACAUGCUGGAUUUGGACAUCAAAAAUGGCAAAAGACCAAUGAAAAUUGAUUCUGCUGAGGAUGAACAUCAUCCUAGGAAGUGUACUAAGAUGUUGGAAUCUUGUCACAUAGUUGAAACGGUUUGUAUUUCGUUGCAACAUCCUAAGGAUGCUGUUCUUCCUGAAACGGAUCAGAAAAUCAAUGAACCCUUGAAUGUUUGUCAAGGAGUUCAUGAUGGUGGUGAUUCAAUAGAUUCAUCAGAUUCUGGUAUUCAGCAAUCUGAUGAGGAGCAGCAUGCUGGAGAUUCGUCGGAUUCUGGUUCUCUUUUACCAAGGAUGAACAGAGACAGCUCAAUCGUGUGUCUCAGUCGCUGUUCAAGGUCUGAUUAUGGUUCGCUUGCUUCGCUGAAUAGAAGCUUCCGUGAAAUAAUCCGAAACGGCGAGGUUUAUAGGUGGAGGAGACUAAAUGGUAUCAUGGAACAUUGGGUUUAUUUCUCGUGUGCUCUCCUUGAAUGGGAAGCGUACGACCCAAUUCGCCAAAGGUGGAUGCAUUUGCCGAGGAUGGCUUCAAAUGAUUGCUUCAUGUGUUCUGAUAAAGAAUCUUUAGCUGUAGGAACCGAACUUCUUGUGUUUGGGAGGGAGCUUAGAUCUCAUGUGAUAUAUAGAUACAGUCUUUUGACAAAUUCAUGGUCCUCUGGAAUGAGAAUGAAUGCUCCAAGAUGUUUGUUCGGCUCUGCAAGCCUUGGUGAGAUUGCGAUAUUAGCAGGUGGUUGUGAUUCGGAGGGACGCAUACUUGACUCCGCCGAACUAUACAAUUCUGAGACGCAAACGUUUGAACUACUCCCGAGCAUGAAUAAACCGAGGAAGAUGUGUUCUGGUGUAUUCAUGGAUGGAAAAUUUUAUGUUGUAGGUGGAAUCGGCGGACGCGAUUCAAAGCUUCUUACAUGCGGUGAAGAGUAUAAUUUACAAACCAGAACAUGGACAGAUAUUCCUGACAUGUCCCCCGGACGAAGUAGUAGAGGUUCUGAGAUGCCUGCUGCAACCGAGGCACCGCCUCUCAUUGCCGUUGUAGAUAAUGAAUUGUAUGCUGCUGAUUAUGCUGACAUGGAAGUUAAAAGGUAUGACAAGGAAAGAAAACUGUGGAUUACUGUUGGUAGACUUCCAGAACGAGCGAUGUCGAUGAAUGGUUGGGGUCUUGCAUUUAGGGCAUGUGGAAAUAUGCUCAUUGUUAUUGGCGGACCUAGGACUCAUGGUGAAGGUUUCAUUGAACUCAAUUCUUGGGUACCUAGUGAAGGACCUCCACAAUGGCGUCUACUAGCUCGAAAACGAUCUGGUAACUUCGUUUAUAAUUGUGCGGUGAUGGGUUGCUGAAGCAUUGAAUGGUGCCAAAAUUACACAUUUUUAAGCUUCAAAUUCACCGAGUUGCACAACUUUGGUUCAUCGUCCAUCGACACUGGAUUCUUGCUAAUUGGUACUUCCCCCUUUUCGUUCUUUCAUUGAUAUUUUCGUUUCGAAUGCAAGGGGUGAGAUUAAGAUAUUAAUCAAGAUUAGGGAGGAAAACUUCAGUCUUUUAAUCUUAUGUUUAAAAUUUAAUUCACCUUUUUUUUUUGUUCCAUUGAAAAAUUUGUAUCAUCACCCCAUUUUCAUUGACAAGAUUUUUCAAAGCUUGGUAUCAUGUAGCAAAGGAAAUAGGUUAAAUAAUUGAAGUUCCAAUACAGAUUUAGGUUACUGUUGUUUGUUUGUUUUAAGUUCUCUUGAAGGAAUGAAAUAAUUUUCUGGAUUAUGUAUUGAUUCAAUUCUCCAUUGGAAUUCAUGGAUUUUGUAACUUGAGCUCUCUCUUGGUUGAAAAUUGGAAUGUGACUGUUCCAUUUAUUCUUUUAUUA